CAGAGUGAUUUCUGGGAUCUGAAUCUGGAUCACUAGAUCUAAUAACAAUAAUGCCUUUAGUGGUUAAGAAGAUCAUCGAAUGUUAGCAUGAAUUUAUCAACAUUGGAACAAUCUUCUGAGUCAAGAAAUUCUUUUGUUGAAGUUCAAACAAGUAUCAACAUCAACAACAACGACAACAAAAUCCCCGUUAAUAGAAGUAAUUUGGAAACAGAUAGCGUGCGUUCCAAGUUACUUUUGGACCCAAGUAAUGAUCAUGAUGAUGAUGAGAAUGACGAGAAAGAUAUUCAAAUCGAUUUGGCUUCAAAUCACAAACAAAUGAUGGACAUGAAUUUGUCACAAUUGGAACAAUCUUUUACAUCAAGAAAUUCCUUUGUUGAAGUUCAAACAAAUAACAACACCAUCGACAACAAAAUCCCCCUUAAUAGAAGCAAUUUGGGAACAGAUAGCGUGCAUUCCAAGUUAUCUUCGGAACCAAAUAAUGACCAUGAUAAUGAUGAUGAAGAUAUUCGAAUGAAUUCGGCGUCAAAUCAUAAACAAAUAUUAAGCAUGAAUUCAUCACCAUUAGAGCAAUCUUCAACAUCAAAAAAUCCUUUUGUUGAAGUUCAAACGAGUAACGACAAUAACGAGAGAAGCAAUUUGGAAACAAAUAGCUUGCAUUCCAAGUUACCUUUGGAACCAAGUAAUGGUCAUGAUAUUCGAAUGGAUUCGGAUUCAAAUCACGGACAAAUUUCCAGUAAUCCAACCCCAAACAAAGGACUAGAAACACAAAAUCCUCCGAUACAAAUUAUGGAGAGAUCAGGAGAUUCUGCAACUGCGGCCGCAGAAUCUUCUUAUUCUUAUUCUUAUUCUUCUUCUUCUUUUUCUUCCCCUUCCAGCUACAGGGUUCCAUCCAAUGCCUUUACAAGCAACAAACCAAGCACGCAAUGGAGCACGCUAUCCAACGAAUCGUUGUUCAGCAUUCCGAUGGGAAACAUGAGCUUCACAAGGGACUUGUCUUUGUUCUCCAAAUCUGGUGAGUUGGAUAGUAGGUUUAUUGGUGGUGGAGCUGGCGACAUUAUGGUUAAUAUGCCUAGUUCUAAUAAUCUAGCUCUAGCUCCUUUGCCGCCGUUGCCACAGUCGUCUCAGCCUCAUCCUCAGCCUCAGUCUCAGCCUCAGUCUCAGCCGCAGGCUAGUAGAUUCACUGACAUGAGUUUAAGAGCGACGGAACAACAGAAAGGUUGGAGGGUUACUGAAGAGAAAGCUGCUGAGACAAUGAGAGAGGUUAUAAUGGAAGAGAGUUUGAGGAAUGAGAAUUUCUCAGUUGUGGAUGAGGUUCCAUAUCCUGUUACACAUUGUGAUUCUACUUACUCAAAUAAUGGAAGCACCAAAUCUUUUGCAUUUAAACCAUCAACGGAUAAAGCUAGAAGUCCUUCAUUGAAGCAUGGCGUGGAAGAGAAGCGAAAUCAACAGCAGCAGUUAUUAGAGCAGAAGAACAUUGUUGCUAAAGAAACUCCACCAAAGUCAAACACAAAUCCUUCAGAGAAGAAAUGGCUAUCAUGCUUUGCAUGCUGUAAAUAGAAUAACACAGUUUAGUUAGUUAGUUCACCA